CCUGGCACUGAGGAGUGCCUAACUGGAGCCAUAUGACCUUAUCAACACAUUUGAGAAUUGUACCGAACACUGACAAACACUCUGGUGCAAUAAUGUCUGUUAUAGAGGAAAAUCGCCCUUUUGCCCAGCAACUAUCCAAUGUCUACUUUACUAUACUUUCACUUUUUUGUUUUAAACUUUUUGUGAAAAUCAGCCUUGCCAUUCUCAGUCACUUCUACAUUGUAAAGGGGAGUAAGGAGGCAGCAAGGAUAGCUGAUGAAUUUUAUGGAAUUCCUCAAGGGCCAGGUUCUUGGGCAGAUCGUUCACCACUGCAUGAGGCAGCCAGUCAAGGACGUCUCCUUUCUCUAAAAACUUUACUGUCACAGGGUUACAGUGUGGACACUCUGACAAUUGACCAUGUCACUCCACUGCAUGAAGCCUGCCUAGGAGAUCAUGUAGGAUGUGCAAGAAUCCUUCUUGAAGCAGGGGCAAAUGUAAAUGCUACAACAAUUGAUGGAGUGACCCCAUUAUUUAAUGCAUGUUCAAGAGGCAGUGCAUCUUGUGCAGAGCUUUUGUUGGAGUAUGGUGCCAAAGCUCAGUGGGAGUCAUGUCUCCCUUCACCGACUCACGAAGCAGCCAGUAGAGGUAAAAAACUAGCUUCUGAGCAUACAUGUCUGGAAGUUCUGAUCUCCUGGGGCAUAGAUGUUGACCAAGACAUUCCUCAUCUGGGAACACCUCUAUAUAGCUGUGUUUCACAGCAGAUCCAUUGCAUUCGAAAACUUCUUUAUGCAGGCGCUAAUAUACAGAAAGGAAAGUAUUUGGACACUCCACUACAUGCAGCGGCUCAGCAACCCAGUACAGAGAUAGUAAAUUUACUUCUUGAAUUUGGGGCCAACAUUAAUGCCAAGAAUACAGAUUUUGAACGGCCCAUAGAUUUAGCUGCCCCAAGCAGUUUGGUGGAGAGAAUGUUGCUUCUGCAUGAAGCUACCCCAUGCUCUCUUUGCCAGCUCUGCCGACUAUGUAUCCGAAAUUGCAUAGGAAGAGCAAGACUGCAUCUUCUCCCCCAACUUCAGUUGCCAACAAUAUUGAAGGAGUUUUUACAGUAUAGAUAAAAUAGUGGCUAACCUUUAGAAACUUGAACAAGUACUGUUUUGUCUGUAUGCCUGAAUGUUACACUGAAGAACUUCUGAGGAAAUAGUCCCUUUACAUAUUACUAUACUAAGUUCUUUGACACCAGGAGUCGUGAUGUAACAAUAUUUGGGAGCCCUUGAACGACUCGGUGCCAAGGUGCUAAUACAACUGAGUAAAAUGAAGUGUGCUAAUACCCUGGGAAAUGAUUGUAUAGCUAGCUUUAGCUUAACACUUACUAACUAGCUAUUUUGCUGAUAAAGUUAAUUAAUUGUAUUUGUACGUUAUAAUCUGUUUGAUGCAUCUGAAACCUCACAGAGUUCCUUUACAAGUAUUGUUGAGUUUGUCAAUUUGGAUUUAUUAUUGUAUAUUUGUAAAUGUCUGUUAUUUGUGUCUAGAAAUACACAACAAUAGGUGCACUCUAUAAGUUGGAAAAAUAAAUAGGUUUCUCAAUUUUU